AUGAUUCCAAAGGGACUUCUGUUAACGAUGAUGUUGGUAGGAAUCAUGAGCGAACCUCAAGGACCUGCCUAUCUACCGCCCCCAGGAACACGUCCACCCACCAGCGGAGGAGGAGGAGGCACUGGCCAUCCAGACGAGUGGGCUGGUGAUCCAGCGAACUACGAAUUCUCGUACGAGGUCCAGGAUGGAGUGGCUGGUUUAGACUUCGGCCACCACGAGUCGCGUAAAGACAAUGAGGCGUCCGGGACUUACCAUGUUUUGCUGCCAGAUGGCAGGACGCAGAUCGUCGAUUACGUUGCCGAUGGUGCUGGUUACCGACCAAUGGUACGGUACGAGGGAACAGCGACGUAUCCUGCCCCUGGAGCCUCCCCAGGAGGAUCGACCAACAGCGAGGGAUACCGAUAUUAA